CCUGGCUCCGCCCUGAGAGCCCGGGCCUCUUCGCCUCCGCCUUCUUCCUCCUCCUCCUCCUCCUGCUCUCGGGGCAGCUCUCCUGCUACUACCUCAGCGGCGUCGCCGCCGCCUUUGCUGCACUCGCCGCUGCCGCCGCCUUGGCUGACUUGCUCGCUGCGGUCGCCGCGUUGCUUUUGUUGCUGCCGCCGCCGCCUCCGCCGCUGGCGCUCCCGCUCCCGGUUAGGCCCCGGCUGCUGCGCGGUGCAGCCGGGGCCGCCGGAGGAUGAGCCGCCGGCUGGUGCAGGUGGUCUUGCUGUGCCUGGGCUGCGGCUUGUGCUCCUUGCUCUACGCCUUCAGCCAGCUGGCUCUGUCGCUGGAGCAGGAGGCGGCCCGGCGCCAGGGGGACUCUGCCUUGCCCGUGCGCAGGCAGCUCGGCGGCGGCGGCAGCGGCGGCGCCUGGAGGGCCGCGGCGAGAAGCGCAGGCUGCAGCCAGCGAGAGCCGCCGGAAAGGUACCGUCUGGGGACGCCGGGGCCUGCGCUUCCUGCGAGGAAGGAGCGCCUGAGUAUUAGUAGCGCGGGGUGGGGGUGCCUGUGCCUUUGCUCCAGGCGGGAGGGGGAGGGAAGCCAGGAGCGCCCGCGCCUCAGGUAGUUCCAGGCUCACAGUCUCAAGAGAUAUAUUGGGACAAAGUUGAAUUUGCAAGGAGGCACUUCCAGGGCGGAGGGCCGGGUGUUCAGACGGAGUUUACUCCAGUCUGGUUGCUUCCCCCCAGAUUCCCUCCCUCCCUCCCCAUCUUGUUGGUCAAGCAUUCCGUGGCUACCAAGCGUGCGUAAUCCUCCCUCGGCUGCGUUUUUUGUGCCGCCGCCGGCCACCCCGCUUCCCCUGUCGCUUAAGGGCUGCCACCGUGCAGCUUCAAAGGAGCCUCUAGCAAGUCGCUUUUCUCCCAGGUGCUGCCAGGUGGGAAACAGGAGACCCGUCUGAACUUUGCGCUCAUCCUGGUAUGCGCGUAUAUGGGGGGAAAUAGCACUUUCUGAACGCUUGGCCCAACACAGGGGAGUUAUGAAUGGACAGGUGGAGAGAGGUGGAGAAUUUUAGGCACGUGCGUCUUAGUUUAUUGAUCACAUCAAUAAGCCCGUGCAGUUAUUGCAACCCCGUAUAAUCCAUGUAUCUCUAUGGAAACCCCUUAUAACCCAUGUAUCUCUAUGGAAAGGACUACUGGUAAUUAAUCCGAGAACCUAUUAUGUACGUCCCUUACUGUUACUUUUUGUAACUGGCUGCCCAAUAAUAUGUACUUCCUGUGUUCUUUUUCUUUUUAUGUUACACUUGUGGUGUUACUGUUGAAAAUCAGUGUUCAUAUACAUAUAUAUGUAUCUAUAUUACAGAAGCUUAAAGUGGAGAAAUGGGAUUUUGACAACACAAAUGGGGCAGUUGCCCCUUUUCCUACCUGCUCAUAAGCCAUGACUGGCAGUUGUCUUCUUAGCUUAAAGGAACCAAGUUGGGGAGACUGGGCUUGAGACAUUUCCUCUAAAAAUCUCUUCCCAUCCUUCCCCCAUCCCCUGCUUUCAGACGAUAAAAAAAAUUCAGGCUAGUCAGUCAGUAGCGACACUUGAAUGCUUGUGCCUGCAUAUUGCUUUAUAUACUGUCAAGGUUUCCUGGCAGUAGGUGAUAGUGACAGCACAGCCAUCAUAUCUCCAUGGCUUGGAUGAAGCUUUCUGGAAGGGGGAAUUACUCUUAUUAAGUAGAAGCAAAUCCUGCUUCUUCCUGGCUGCAUCCUGCACAUCUGUACACUCAAUAUCCAGUUUGUUUAAUUUAUUAAAAGGAUUAACCGAUACAGUAGUUUUGACCUUAUUCCCUAGUGCAAGGCAGAUUUCCACUUGUGCAGACAGAAGUUCCUCCUUCCUUUAUCUGUGUAAGAAAUUUAUGACUUAAUCCAAACUUGGGCUGCUGCCUGGCAGAGAUUAACAGGGCAGGGCAACGGGCAAUUUGCUGGGCUAUCGUAACAUGAUGCUAGUGAGUUUGGGUCCUUGAAUGCCACUACUUUUUCCUGUUCCCAGAAUUGCCCCUAUCACCAUAAUGGUGUAAAAGGAACACACACUGAGUGUAGAACAGGAUAGCAACUGAUCAGAUUGAAGCGUAGCCUACAAGCAGAAGUGCCGUGCAAGCAAUAGAGCAAACACAGGAGAAGCAUAGGACUGGUCUGGAAGCAAAUUCAUACAUAUUUGGUAAAAGUGUGACCAUAAUUGGGCUUUUUAUUUUAUUGCUUAUGUUGCUUAUUAUUGUUGUUGUUAUUUGUUUGUUGACUUUCAGCCAAACUUUUCCACAAUGGCUUUAUAAGAAAAGAAAAUACCAUAAUACAGGCACCCCCCAACUCGGCCCUCCAGCUGCUUUGGGACUACAACUCUCAUUAUCCCUAGCUAACAGGACCAGUGGUCAGGGAUGAUGGGAAUUGUAGUCCCAAAACAGCUGGAGGGCCGAAUUUGGGGAUGCCUGCCAUAAUAAAAUCAAUAUGAAACAUACACAAAAAGCAGUAAGACCAGUGAUUAAAACAGCAGAUUAUAGUAAAAUUUUUAAAAGCCUGGGAGAACAAAUAUUUUUUUGCUCCACAUCAGAAGGAUAUCAAGGCCAAGCAAAGGAAUGACACAAAUGGGGUACAAUUACUCAGACCUUGCUUUCCAUGAGGUUAGAGGGCAGGGGGGAUUCAGGAAAGAGCUUUUGGCCAUUGCACAUAUCGGUUGUGAAUGCUGUCAGAGGAUAGAUUGCAGUGGCUAGGCUAGGCUAUAUCUGUCCAGAUGCUGCAGCUGGAGCAGCAGCCACAACUGAAAUCACCUUAUGCCACAGAGGCUACUUUGGCCUCUUGUGAGGUGUAGGAGCAGUCCCAGAUUGAGAACCUCAUUUUAAUAACAUAGUUGGACUGAGGCACUGCCAUAAACGAGUUCUUGUACAUGCUGUUACAGUAAUGCAGAACCUGACUACAUGCAAGAGGAUUUCUGUUGGUUUCUAGAUCACCUAGGUUAUGCAUGAAUUUGCCUGAAUGUAAUUUUGGCAGUGCAAAUGAGAGUUGACAAAUUUCUCCAUAAACUGCUGAGAAAUUGGUGUACUCUCCAGUGAUUCUUUUACUGAACAUUAAAAAAAACAACUGAUCACACAUACUAUUGAUAACAUCAUUUCUAAACAAAAAAUCUUCAUCUGAAUUGUUUGGGUACGCAUGUGCAGCUAAGACACUUCUUUGGCAUACCAUAGUGAAUAGACAUAUCACUUGGGAAGACAGGCGAACUAAUGCUGGAAUAAGCAAAGAUCACCAGUGUUGAAGCAAUGAUUCUUCAACAUCAACUUCGUAGGACUGGUCAUGUUCGGAUGCCUGAUUAUCAUCUUCCAAAGCAACUACUCUAUUCUGAACUUAAAAACGGAAAGUGCAAUGCUGGUGGUCAACAAAAGAGGUUUAAAGGCUCUCUCAAGGCAAAUCUAAAAAAAAAUAGUAUAAACACCAGCAACUGGGAAACACUGGACUGUGAGCGCUCCAAUUGGAGAACAGCCUUUACCAAAGGUGUCAUGGACUUUGAAGAUGCUUAAAGUCAGAACGAAAGGGAGAAACAUGCUAAGAGAAAGGCACUUUUGGCAAACCUUCACCAUGAUCAACUCCUGUCUGGAAACGUAUGUCCUCACUGUGGAAGGAUGUGUGUAUCCGGAAUUGGCCUCCACAGUCACUUACGGACUCACUGUUAAGACUGUGUUCAUGGAAGACAAUCUUAUUCAGCUACGAGUGAUCUCCAAAUAAUAAUAAGAAGUGAAUAGAGGACCAUGUGUUACAAGAGAAGUAUUUAGUCUGGCAUUUAAAUCUUGUCAGCCAGGAUAGCUCAGUUGGUUAGAGCCUGGUGCUGAUAAUGCCAAGGUUGCAAGUUUGGUGCCCGUAUGGGACAGCUGCACUUUCCUGCAUUGUAGGGGAUUGGACUAGAUGAUUGUCGGGGUCCGUUCCAUGAUUCUAUUAUGCAAUUUAAUACUGAUACCGGUGUGAACCUGUGAUAAUAUACACUUCUUUGUCAGAGAUAUGGGUAUACAGUACUGGAAAAUUAGAAAGUCUUCUGAUGCCCUAAAUCAGGCUUCGGGAAGCUCUACUCAGCAGGCCAGAUUUACUCCCAUGCCCUUAGGUCUCAAUUUGGCUUGUGAGAUCAUUUUUCUCAAGCCACACCCAACUGAUACCAUGUGACAUGGGGUAGGGAAAGCCAUGGCUGUAAAGGAGCAAUUUGGAACACUCUUAAUAGUUCCUUGGCAAGCAGGACUUAGAUUUGGGCCUCUUAAGUUGGCAUCACUUGCAAGCCCCAUGUGUGUUGGUUCCAUUUGGGAGUUCCCCAGUGGAACAUGUCAUUGCCAGAAGCAGGACUUGCAGUUGGCAAGGAAUUUUAAGUUCAGCACAGAGCUCGAGCCCCACGUUAGUCAGGAGUGGUUGUGACUGUGGUUUGGCAUCAAGACUCAGGGUGCCAGUAUGAGACUUGAAAAGAACAUAGAUCUGAAAGAGGAAGUGGGAAAGAAUAUUGCUCUUUCAUCUUUUCUCCUUUUGCUUUUCUCAAGGGGAGAUAAGAGAACCACCCUUAUCACUUCACAAUGAAUGCGGUAGUGAUUCCAAGGGAAGUACUGAAAGGUGCCUUUGCAGCUAUGGGCAAUCCCAGAAUUAUAUAAUAGGCUUUAUCUAAAAACUAUUUAUUUGGAAAAGUGGGGGGGGGGGAGAGAAUUUAAUCAUAUGCAAUUUUCACAUCCCUUUGUAUCCUAACAAUGAAACUAAUUACAGGUAGGUAGCCGUGUUGGUCUGCCGUAGUCGAAAUAAAAUAAAAAAAAGUCAUUCCAAUAGCACCUUAGAGACCAGCUAAGUUUGUUAUUGGUAUGAGCUUUUGUGUGCAUGCACACUUCUUCAGAUACCUGAUAUCUGAUACCUGAUAUCUGAAGAAGUGCAUGCACACAAAAGCUCAUACCAGUAACAAACUUAGUUGGUUUCUAAUGAAACUAAUGACCUGGCAGAAACUCUGCAGGUUUUAUGAGUCAUUGAUGGCUUUGACAAUGAGCAGAAAAGCCUCUGCAGGCAUUCCAGACUCUCUCAGAUGAUUGGUUAGGGUUAUAUUUUUGGGAACCACUACAGACAAAUGCAUGCACAUGUAAAAUUGUGUUAUUAGUUGUUUUGUAAACUGUCCCUUGAUAUUUUUUUCCUGACAGCUCACACACUGUCUCUGCCCAGAAAUGAUUCUGUUUUUUGCCUGGAUGAAUUCUGUCAUAAAAAUUGAAUCUAGGACCUUGUUUUAAAAUAAAAUAAAAUAUGCAGUCCAUAUUAUUCCUGACUUAAAAUAUUUAUCAAUCUAACAUUGUAUGCAUUCUCCUUACCUCUGAUAAACGUCACUUUGCUGCUCUUGAGAAACAAGGUUAUUUUGAGCCCCUCCCAAGUAGGAAUUUGUGGCUUGGAGAGUAGGAGAUAGCAGCGUUAUCAGGGCAGUGAUCAUUUGCCCCCAUUUCUCUUCAUUAUUCAGUUUUCCUCUCCCGACCUCUGUGUCUAGGGCUUGCAGGGAGGACAGUGAUUAGUAUGGAAGGCAUUGACUCCCGGAAAAGAGUCUAGGUCUCCAUGGUAUUGUUACAUUCUCUUCCCAUUUCCUGUAGCAGGAGUACAGGAAAGCAGAAUGGAGAAGUUAUUUGUUCCUGAAAUGAUUUGGGAAACUUCAUGGUUUGUAUUCUUCAGGCACCUUUUCUUAUAGACAGACAGCUCUCUCAGCUUCAGGGUAUGGGAGGCUUACCUUGUCGGGUUUUCACACGCAGGUUGCAAUUGAUAUUGACCAGGAAUAAAGGUGAUGAGCUGCUGUUUGCAUCCCUCUCCAUCUUAGCCAGUAAAGACCACCAGCAGAAGUAAGCACCAUUGCCUGCUAGUAUUGUCAAUACUUCACCCGGUGGUAUGCCAGGCAGCUUUCCUGUGCUUGUUAAACAAAUAACUCUGGGCUACCCGUUUCCCCUCCAUCUGCUCUUCCAUUCUGGGAGUGAGAAUGUGGAAUGGUUGGUAGUCUUGGACUUUUAGUGGUUCUUGGAAGACACUGCUUAUAGUUUGUGCCUGUCUGGCUUCUCACCCUUUUAUUUCAUUGAGACUUUGAGAAUUCCUAUUGAGAUUAGUUCAGUGGCAGGCUGUUAAACUUCACAAAUGUCUAAAAAGUUGUGCUAGUGGGUAAAAGCCAAUGCAUUUGUAAAUACCAAUUUGAAUGCAGUGCUUUUCCAGUUCAUGCUAGACUUAGCACUGUGUUGUACUAACUAAGCACUAUGAUUUCAGAUGCUUAGGACUCCUCCAAUUGUGCAGUCAUGAUGAUUUUACUUCUUCAUCACAUUUAUAUCCUGCCCUUCUUCCCAAAGUAGCCGAGGGUGGCAAGCAGAACUGUAACAAAACAAAUAAAAACAAAAGAACAUAUGUAAAAACGAUUAAAGCUUCUAAAAAUAUGUGAAACAAUCACAUAUGUACUCCCACAACUAAUACUAUCAGUGCUACCAGGAACAGUAUCUUUCCACCAUCAAAAUGCCUGGGUAAAGACGAAAGUUUUCUCUUAAAGGAUAUUAAUGUGCUUGUGAUGGUAUUGGGGUGGUUAUACGUGAUGCUGGUUUCAGCAUUGUUUAUGCCUGCAGACAUUUUAGAGUGGCUGUACUGCUUCAUUUCCAGUUGCCAUGUGUGUGUCCUGCAGCUUCCUGCUGAAAUUCGGUAACUUUUCAUAUCACAGAAGUGGAAUGAUGUGGUGACAGUCCCGUAUAAACCUGCCGUUAAUGGAAUAUCAUUAUGUCAAUGAUACACACCAGUCUGGAGGGAUCCUUAUUGGUUCCUUGUUAUAAAGAAGGUCAAAAUCAAAGACAUAUAUACAGAGGUGUACCUCCUCUGUACCUCCAUUGCAAGGAGCUGUAUCAGUGCCUCCAAAGUCGGUAAGACUAUAGACCAAAAACUCAAAAAGUUUGCUUUUCGUUGGCUUUUACCCUCUGCCAGUGACUUCCUCUGGGGCCAUCGAGGUUGGGUCUGCUCCACUCCACACUUCUUCCUCUCCUCCUCCUUGUCAGUUGGUCCAUCUACCUGCUUUCCUGCCUUUCUCUCUCCCCUCUACUCGCCACUUUCCCUUCUGCCUCCUUUCUCCAUCCCUUCCUUUUUCCUCCUCCUGCAACCCUCCCCAGGUCUCUCUGUCUUUCUUCCCUCUGAACCUGCGAGGGUUGCUGCGAUGGCCCACAUUACCAAUUGGACUCUUCUGCCAAUGCACCCAAAGGAGCUGGCUCCUAGCCACUCCAAGCCAGAAUAGAAAGGUGUGGUUUUUACACUUCUCUCUCCUACCUGCACCUGCACCUUUGGCGAGGGCCAGCCUAGCCAACCCCUGGGUACUCCCUUGCAUAUAUACAUAUUACUUUUGUACUUAACUGCUACAUCAAAGCUGAACAUGUGGGAGCGGGUGAUGGUUAAUUAUGUAAAGGAGAAACCACUUCUUUCCAGUACUGCUGGUCGUGAUCAGGUUGCGCUUUCCUGUUGAUGCACUUUAAAGAGUGAAUCACACAGUACAUCAAAGUGAAUCUGUAUCUUAAGAUAAUUGAUCAUUUAAAUAUCCAUAGGUAAAGCAAGGAUUGAUAAUUCGAUUUACUUGCUAAGAUCACUGUUCAUGCCUGUACAUAUCUUUCUGGUUGCUUCUUACUAGAUGAAAGCUAUGAUGCAAUGAACUACCUACCGGUAAUUGCUGUUCCAGUUCUUUUAGCGGAAAGGAGUAAACCAGAAACAUUCAAAUGAGAGUAGGAUUCUUGCCUGAGGUGGUUGUGACGCUACACGGUGCGCUGUGUAAAAGAUAUAAAACACACUUCUGCCAUUGCACCGCCUCCACAGUUGUCUAUUUUAAACCAGCCUCGUAUUGACUUGUUGGAGCUGUGUAAUUAAAAAGGGAUGGAGAGUUUGCUCUAAAUAGGAAAGCUGUUGUUGCUUUUAAACCAACAGCUUGAUUUCAGGAGAUGCUCCUUGGGCAUGGCAGCUCCUAAGACUGGAUAUGUGAAGUCUCAACUUCCUUGGCUCUAGUGCAAGUGUUGCAGCAGCAGCUAUUUUUAUUAUUAAAGGGAGUUUCAGUUUAAUAUACAUUAAUUGUCUUAUGAGGCACACACCUUAAUUGGAUGAUAUGUGCAAAUGCUGUCUGGUCUCUUUAUAUUAGUGUAGUUAAACUGCAGAAGGGAGGAGAAGGGAUUAGAUCCUUUUUUGACCUCUCAGCAGUAUUUUGUGUGGAGAUCACAGGCUUUGAAAUUAGCUUGUGAAAGCACCCAGUUCAGCAUUAGUGACGCUGCUGUAUCAGAUCAACUAUAUUGCUGCAGCUUUCGAUUCAUAGGGCUGAAUCUUAAAAGCUGGUUAACAAUACCGUCACAAUAUGGAUCUUAGUUUUAUCUUUCUCUUUGGUUGCCUGGGUUCGCAAUGAGACUUGAUGUUCUGAACCAUUGUGACAGCAUUUUCACUUGAAAAUGCUAAACAACUAAAGUGGACUUCAGCAAGCCAAUAUGGUAACCAGCUGCCAGGGAGCAUAGGAACUUACCAUGCCUGAUGGAUUGCGUUCCCAAGGGCCAGCGUCAUUGGGGCUAAAGCAGAUUAUUAGUUAGCUUUUGCUGAGCAUCUUCACAUUCCUCAUUGCAUAUUUUCCUUUUUCAAAUUACAUAUUCGAAUAUAUCUCAUUGUAUUUUUUAGUAAGUUGUGCAUACAAGUUUCUGCUUCAUUUAAAAUAUAUUGUAUGCAGGCCUAUAACACUGUGCUCUGCUGUUCUUCAGUGUUCCAGACAGUUAGCUAUACCUUUCAUGGGUGUAGCCAGGAUUCCCCCCCCCUCCGGUGGGCAGGCUUUAUGUUGGGAGGCAGAACCCAGUUAUCUGUGACACAAUUGGUCAGUUAGUUAAGUACAGUUGUACCUUGGAUCUCAAAUGCCUUGGCUCCCGAACAAAUUGGCUCCCGAACGAUCGAAACCCGGAAAUGAGUGUUCUGGUUUUUGAACGUUCUUUUGGAAGCCGAACAUUCGACGGGGCUUGCACGGCUUCUGAUUGGCCGCAAGAGCUUCCUGCAGCCAAUCAGAAGCCACACUUUGGCAAGUAUUUGCAAGUCAAAUGGACUUCUGGAAUGGAUUUCGUUCGACUUCCAAGGUAUGACUGUAAUUUUAUUUAUUUACUUGAUGGCUAAGCUCAUGAUAUUCCAUUCCAUAGCUCUUCUCAAUGUUUCCCCUCUUUUUCACCAAUGCUCAGUCAGCAAUUAUGCAACCACUUAAGGUUCACCCUGCAAAUAAUUGUGCUAUUUCUUCAAACCUGGGCUUCACAUAAGCCUGUGGAAACCUCCGCCUUGUGUGUAGAUUGCCCCACCUUUGCUAAACAAGGAACCAUACUCAGCUUUGUGAAUAGAUAUAAUGAUUUAUAACAUGGAAACAUGCAGUAGAGCAAGCAGAAAAUAAUGGUUAGCAUAAAUUUCUAGCUAGAAAUUUGAAGCUCUGGUCGAAACUGGGAUUUAUUUAUUUUUUUACUUUUUACUAUUUUUGUUUCAGCAAAAAAUUGGGGGGGGGGAGAGGAGGAAGGAAGCAGGCCCACUCUUCCCCCCCAUGCUUUCACAUGUUUACUUGUAGCCCAGAAGUGCCUGCCUUGUGCAAAUAAACAUAAAAUUGUUUUAAAAUAUGCCUUGCUACCAUGAAAUCAUCAGAUGCGUUUCAGAAAUGUCACUAGAUGUGUUUCAGAAAUGUCACAAUGUCAGUACAGCCCAUUGAACAGGGUGGUAUUUACUUCCUACAAAGGAUUACUCUGCAUUUCACUUAUCAGUAGAAUUGCUCUUGGGCUUUAUGCUCAGGAUCCUGGUUACAAUACAUCCUUAUAUAAUAUAAACUAAUAUCACUCACAACACAUGAAGCUCCACAUUCAGCCGUUUAUCUGCAAUUAGUAGCUGGCGGUGUUUUUUUUUAGUUUUGUUUAAAUGCGCAAGCAGGAAUGCUCCACUGCAACCGCUAAAUAAAACAAGUAACAUUCACACAGGAUUGUUUCUGUCUUAUCCUGUUAGGUGUAAGAAUGUGUCUGUAUCCUAUUGGAAUUCCUAUUGGAUGCUGCCCUCUGAUGUUUGUGGAAGGAACUGCUUUUGGGAAGCUGCUCGUAGGUAGGCUUUGACAGAGAUUUGAUUGCUCAAUUAGCUAAUUUUAGGUAUAAUCAUACAUACUUGAGUCUAUUAAAAAGUGUUGAAGCAGUUAUAAAAAGUUUGGUUCCCCCCUCACUUUCUAGCACUCACAGUCUUACUAGAUUUCAGUCAUGAUCUAACUCAUUAAAUAAAACAUGUUUCUCGUUUUGAAAUUCAUAUACACUUCUUGAACAAGCAGGCAUGUUAAAACAUGCUGGUUUGCAACUAAAUCGAACCUUUAUGCAACCUAGGAUUAUGAUCCCAAACUUUGGGUCUUGCACCAGAGUCGUAGAGGUAGAUUUCUGCUGGUCUUCUCUUUACAUAUACAGUCAUACCUUGGUUGUCAAACGUAAUCCAUUCGACUCACAAAACGGUUCAAAAACUAAGGCGCGGUUUCCAAUUGGCUGCAGGAGCUUCCCGCACUCAGUCGGAAGCCGCAGAAGCCACGUCGGACGUUUGGCUUCCGAAAAACGUUCACAAACCAGAACACUCACUUCUGGGUUUGCGGCAUUCAGGAGCCAAAAUGUCCAAGUCCCAAGGCUUUUGACAACCAAGGUACAACUGUACAGAGAUACUAACCAGGGUGUCGCAGAAGGAGGCAGCUACCUCCCCCAUGAAAUCAAGUAAAUAAAUAAAAAUACAUAACAAAAGUAGAAAUAAUCAGAAUACAGUCGUACCUUGGUUGUCAAAUGCCUUGGCACUCGGACCUUUUGGCUCCCAAAAGCCGCAAACCCGGAAGUGAGUGUUCCGGUUUGUGAACGUUUUUUGGAAGCUGAACGUCCAACACGGCAUAUGCAGCUUCUGAUUGAGUGCAGGAAGCUCCUGCAGCCAAUCAGAAGCCACACCUUGGUUUUGGAACUGUUCCGGGAGUUGAAUGGACUCCCGGAACUGAUUAAGUUUGACAACCAAGGUACCACUGUAUUUGAAACUGCAAUGCUCACUGAGGUCACUUGGGUGAUGUUGUGGCGCAUUCUAGUGAUGCAGUUGGCAACCCAACUCAGUGAUAGACAGACCCAGAGAUAGAAUGAUGACAUGUAGGUUUUGUGCCUGCCUAACAUAACGCGGGUGGCACUGUGGGUUAAACCACAGAGCCUAGGACUUGCCGAUCAGAAGGUCAGCGGUUCAAAUCCCCGUGAUGGGGUGAGCUCCCAUUGCUCGGUCCCAGCUCUUGCCAACCUAGCAGUUCGAAAGCACGUCAAAGUGCAAGUAGAUAAAUAGGUACUGCUCUGGUGGAAAGGUAAACAGUGUUUUCAUGCGCUGCUCUGGUUCGCCGAAGUGGCUUAGUCAUGCUGGCCACAUGACCCGGAAGCUGUACGCCGGCUCCCUUGGCCAAUAAAGCGACAUGAGCGCCGCAACCCCAGAGUUGGUCAUGACUGGACCUAAUGGUCAGGGGUCCCUUUACCUUUUUAACAUAACAUAAAUCCUAGCUACGCCCAUGGAUACUAAGCAACGUGACUUGAGAGUGAAGAGUCAAACUGAAGCUUGCCUUUACUUUGGUGGUUGCUUUCCCUAACUUUUUUUUUAAUGCAAAGGUGCUGUAGGUGACUUGCUGUGGGAAAUCUUGUGUGGAGAAGGGUCUGUUUGGGAGAAAAGGGUACAAGAACUCUCCCCCGUUCCCAGUGGGAGAGGAGUGACUUUGAGCAAGCAAACAUCUGUUCUCCUGGUAUUUCCACACAAGGCAAUGUCCUAUAUCUGAAGCCCUCCGUGCUUGCUAGUGGGCCUGAAGAAUUGGUAGGGAGGACAUAAAAAGUCUUGGCAAGUAAGCUAAGCUGCACGAAUCCUACAUUCGUGCAGUCUUGUAACCUUGUCAAAACAGAAUUGUGGGGCAGGUGAGGGGAGAAUCACAAAACCAUGUGUACUGUGCAGUCUGGUUUAAAGGUUGUAAUCCUGUGCAUGCUUCAUUGAACAAAGUGGGAUUUACUUGCAAGGGAACACACACAAGAUUGGAAUAUAAAUGUCCAGAACUUUACAUAAGCAAGACUGAUAGUUACAGUACAAAAUGGUGUUUGUCCUUACUGUUUGAUUAGUAGAAUAAUAAAGACUAAUAAUUUUGUGAGCACGGCAGACCACAAGUAAUUGUGACAUAAAAAAAUAUGUACAAGAUGGGCUUUGUGGAUUAUUGUGGAGAGAUGCAGGAAAGCAUCACCUGAAUCAUAGGGUCUUUGAUGACUAAAUAGUCCAUUUUCCCACUAAUAAUAAUAAUAAUAAUAAUAAAUUGAAUUUAUAUACUGCCCUAUACCCGGGGGUCUCAGGGUGGUUCACAGAAUAAAAUCAAGAUAUAAAACCACAAAAUACCUAAUAAAAAUAAAAACCGCAGCCCAAUACCACCCCUCCCAAAUUUUUUUUUAAAGGGCAUAGGAUGUAAAUCAGAUCAACCAAAUGCCUGGUUAAAGAGGCAUGUUUUUGCCUGGCACCUAAAGGUGUAUAAUGAAGGCGCCAGGCGGACUUCUUUGGGGAGAGCAUUCCACAGAUGGGGAGCCACUGCAGAGAAGGCCCGUUCUUGUAUUGCCACCCUCCAGACCUCUCGAGGAGGGGGCACACGAAGGAGGGCCUAAGACGAUGAUCUCAGGGUCAGGGUAGGUUCAUAUGGAAAGAGGCGGUCCUUGAGGUAUUGUGGUCCUGAGCCGUUUAAGGAUUUAUAGGUCAAAGCCAGCGCUUUGAAUUAGGCUGGGAAACUAAUUGGUAGCCAGCGCAGUUGGACCAGGAUCAGUGUAUCGUGCUCAAACCGUCUUGCUCCAGUGAGGAACCUGGCUGCUGAAUUCUGCACCAGCUGAGGUUUCCCAGCCGUCUUCAGAGGCAGCCCUACGUAUAAUGCAUUGCAGCAAUAAAUACAAUUCUUGACUAAUGGGCCUGGUUUGGACACACAACACUAAACUGUUAUUCUGUGUACCUGAGCUUUGUGCUUGCUUAUUUGUUCCCACCUGUCUUCUGCUGUUUCGGUAAAUCAUAGUUAAGAUCGUUUACAGCUCAGGUAGUCUUUCUUUUUCAAUUGUGUUUUUUUAUAUAAAAAACUGAUUUUUAAAUGUAUAAAACAAUAAUUCUGUCUUCAAUAUACUGAAGAAUGUGCUAGUCACUUUUGAGAUAGAAUUCUGUCUCUUUUAGAAGAAAUACAUGGCCCAUUCAAUGAAGAGUUGUGUGUUUUAUGAGUGUUUUCUCUUAUGGCAGAAGGGAAACCUGAUGUGCACAGGGACUCUUAAUUGAGGUGUACAUAAAUAAUACGUAAGUUUGUAUGUGUAUGUACACACAUACACACACAAAUAAAUAAAUAAAUAGCUGAGAGGAGUCUCGUGACUUACCCAAAUGGUUGGAAAUUUCAAAGGCAGCCCACUACAGUGUCCAUUUCCUUGUGAGAAGUGCACACUUCAGACUUAGGGAUACUAUCCAACAUCAGUCAUACUUAGAGCAAAAUCACUGAUAUCAUAGGCUUAAGUAACUUAAGCCCAUUAAGUUUUAGUGGGUCUAUUCUUAGUACGACUGGGUUGGAUAUCACCAUGGGGGGGGGGGGCGUGUUACACCUGCUUAUUUGCAGAUGAACAUGGGGGGUGUAAGGGGAACAACCCAUGCAUACAACUCUAAUCUAUAAAACACUGUUGUUUGGUCCUGCUGUCUCAUUGUGUUAUAUUAUGAACUGUUUCAUUGAUUUUGGUUGUUUACUCUGUUUUAAAGGUUAAAAUAUGCUUCUCCCUGGAAGUAGCAGUAUGCAGGGGUGGGGAAUGAGUAGAAUAGCUUUUCGAAAGGCAGCUAUGAGAGUUAUGGCUUCCUAUGGAUACUAUUUCCUUCAAAGUGCAGGUGAUACUGCAAGAUGAAAUAUUAUCCUUUGACCAAGCCUUUAUUGUACGUCCUAUAUUUGACCUAUAUGGAGUGUAGCAGAUACAGCAAAAGGAGUGGAUCAGAGGACAUAACCAUAUAUUAUUUUUUCUAUGCUGCAUCUUGGGACUCAGCUAGAUUGGUAAAGAAAAAGUGCUUUUUAUAUGCGUUGUUUAUGCAAUAUAACACUGUGACACCAGAUGGCGCUGUGGAGUCUAGUCUUUCCCUGCCGGAUUUCCCUGUAUGAGUUUGCAACGCAUUUAGCUGAAUUGCUUCUUUGACGUGACUAGAUCCAGCCUAAGUUAUCCUGUUAGCCCUAUCCUUGCCACUCCAGUGAACUUUCCAGGUUGCCCUUUAUUUGGGGCAGUAGCAUCUUUAACAGGAAGGAGUCUGGCAUGCAACACAGGCAGGGUUGGGAUGUGAGUAGCAAGGAAAUGAACAGGAUCAAGGCACUACUUAGCUUAACUCCUCUUUUAUGUGUAAAAUGAGAGCAAACUGCACUUGCUCCUGUUCACGUGUGCUCUUCUUGUUGCCAAUGUGUUACCGUAUUUUUUGCUCUAUAGGACACACCUGACCAUAGGACGCACCUUGUUUUAGAGGGGGAGAACAAGAAAAAAAAUUUCUCCCCCUCUUUGCUCAGCGCCCCUUCAGCGAAGCGGGAGGAGAAACGGAGCCCCUUCCAUUUCUCCUCCCGCUUCGCUGAAGGGGCGCUGCGCAGCUCUCCAUCUCUGCUGAAGCCGGGAGAGUCUUGCUCUCCCGGCUUCAGCAAAAGGCACCCGAAGCCUUCGGAGCGCAGCGCGAGUUCCCGCUGCACUCCAAAGGCUUCAGGCGGCUAUCCCUGAAGUCUGGAGAGCGAGAGGGGUCGGUGCGCAUCAACCCCUCUCGCUCUCCAGGCUUCAACGAAAGCAACGCGAAGCCUCCGGAGCGCGGAGGGAGCACUCCCUCUGCGCUUCGGAGGCUUCGCGUUGCUAUCACUGAAGCCAAGGAGCCUGCAUUCGCUCCAUAGGAUGCACACACAUUUCCCCUUAAUUUUUGGAGGGGAAAAAGUACGUCCUAUAGAGCGAAAAAUACGGUACAUCCUGUGCCUGCAGGAUUUCCAUUGUUGAGCCAUUCCUAAGACUUCUGUUAUCUAAACAGGGAAGAUAACAAGAGUUUGAACAAUAGAGCAAAAACUAGCACAACUUUUUUUUUUUUGCUAUGCGAGAUCACCAUUUGUUUUUGGAUGGGCUCCAACACAACUGUAAUGGGUCCAAAUGAUCUUCCAUCUGGCAUUGGUAGAGGAUGCAAUGUUUGGAAGGGGAACUGAUUACUGGAAGGAAAAGUCGAAACGUCACAAAAUAAAACAUGUGGCAAAACAAUAAUGAAAGUCUGAAGGAUGCCUUUCUUCAUUUAAAGUGAUUGAGUGAUAUUUGCUACCAAACCUCUUGCACUGAGUUCUGUACUAACUUCUGGUGCUCAAAUAUUAGUGAGUUGAUAGGUCUGGAGUCUGACGAACCUUGGGACAGAUAAAUGCAUUUUACCCACUGUUAAUAUAAUAUAACUUCAUUUCAUUUACAUCGUAUGGGUCUAGCAAUUGACUUUGUCUCUGAAAUUGCAAAGAAGCUGCCUCACCUGGAUUCUGUUUGCAACCAGUAACCUGGCCUAGUGUUAAUGCUCAUUUUAUAUAGGCCAUCUGUCCAGAUUACUGUUGCAGCACCAUUUUAUUGAACCAGAGUCAGUGGCCAGUGAUAUUACCCUUACAACAAAAGAGUGCCUAGCUGAUUACCGAUAAGGUCUGCUCAAGUAUAAUUUGGGGGGCAGAGGAUAGGAGUUGUUGUAACAUGGCAGUGUAAAAAUGGGCUAUAUUCUAAACAAAACAAUUAUGCAAGAGUUCAGGUCCUUUAAGGAAAAUGAAAAAUACCCUUCUAUAAAUAGUAUAAAAGCAUGUAAUCCAGGAAUUAAAAUAUAUUAUGAUUUUUAAAGAAAAUAUCUUAUAAGAACUGGAUUGAAAGUUGGAAACAUCUCAUUUGUCUGUACCAUGGUCAUAAUGCCAAUUCCCCAAAUUUUAGUUUUAUUACUUCUUUAUUGAAUUUAUAUACUACCCUAUACCCGGAGGUAUACUCCACUCAAAUAAUAAACAAUAUAUUAGAUUUUUAAGCAUGUUCAACAUAAAACAUGUGCCACUUGCACGCAUAAAUCUUCCCAUGAAAAUGCUGCAGUGUAAACAUGUUUAUGUUGGUUUCACCUGCAACUAUUUCUUCUUCUUGUUUUUCCUUAGAUAUGAUUUUGUGAAAAAGCAACCUUUGGAGAAGAUGCACCUGGCCGUAGUAGCCUGUGGCGAAAGGUUGGAAGAGACGGUUACCAUGUUGAAAUCAGCCAUUAUUUUUAGCAUCACACCCCUGCACUUUCAUAUUUUUGCAGAGGACCCAUUACACACCGAGUUCAGAGAAAUAGUAAGUAUUCCUUACCACCUAUUUCCGGGGUUUUGAUUGGGCAUCGUUACUGUUGCUAUACUUUGCAAUAGUUCAAGUGAGGGCAGGAGUGAGAGAAUCUGGGGCAGCUGGAGAAGAAGGAAGUGUAUGCCAUUUCAGGGGCAGGCAUUGUCAUGAAAUUCUACUCAAUAUUGAUCCAGUGCAGAACUCCCAACGUAUAGUUAGCAGAGCAAAAACUUAAACACGUUGUAGGAUUCCCAAAAAAUAGACCAGAGGCAAUUGUACUUCAUCUAGCAGAGCUUUACUGCUACUGAAGGCAAAUGAGCAUAAUGGUCACAAAUCCAAUCCAUUCAGGAUUGGCCCUGUCCAUAAGAAAUCCAGUUGCAGCAGACUUAACUUAAACUUACAAAGUCUAAACCUUAACACUAAGCAUACUACCGUACUUUUCCGUGUAUAAGACAGGUUUGUUUGCUUUUAAAAAAAUUCAUGCCAAAAAGUGGGGGUCGUCUUAUACAUGGGUAGUGCAUAGGGUGGACAUUUGAUUGGUUGUUGCCGUGGCUGUCAGCUGCUACUGUCCGUGUUAUUGGUUAUUGUGUCAAUGGGUGGUGUUGAUUGGCCAACACUGAGGCAUUUGGGCGGGCGAUUGGCAGCUUCUGCCGGUGAUGGGACAGACGAGAGGCAGAUUUAUCGGCAUGUGUGGGUGGGCAAUCCUCCCCAAAAGAAGCUCAACCACUCUGGGCAAUCUUCCCCCUAAAAAGCUCAACAAGUUUGUGCCAUCUCCCCCCCCCUUUUUUUUAAAAUUUGAGUCCCCUAAAAUAGGGGGUGUCUUAUACAUGGGGGUGUGUUAUACACAGAAAAUACAGUAUGCACAGAACACAACACUAGAAGGAAAAGAGAUAGAAAGAGAAAGUGAAACCAGGCUCCUUCUGGCCUAUAUUUAUAGUCAACAUGAACUUAAUUAGAAGAGAUAAGAGAACCAGUUUAAGCCAGCCGUACUCAGCUUCUCUGAAGGAAUAACUCAAACAUCAUGAACCUUCUGCUUGUUUCUUUCAUGCAGAGAAGCUUCCAGAACCCUCUUAAAUUAAUUAGAAUAGGAAAGAUCUCUACACAUCAGAAUGAUCAAUACUUUCUGUACUAAGAAAUGCAAACUGACAAGCAUAUCCCUGCUCCUCAUGUUGGGAGAAAAAGGUUUUGGCUCUGUCGGUUGUAGAGACUGCCUUUUUGCCCUCUGCCAUCUGAGCACAGAUAGAGGUUGGGCAAUGGUGGUGGUCCUACGUGGGGUGGAUUGCAAGGGAGGACCUCUCUUGUCCACCUGCAUAGAGGGAGAGGCUGCUAUGUCUCCUGGGAAUCUAAUAAUAUAAGGAAGGCCCAUCCCUGCUUUAUCCAAUUUGAUUUACCGUAUUUUUCGUCCCAUAGGACGCUCCAUCCCAUAGGACGCACCUAGUUUUUUUGGGGGGGGAAAUAAAGGAAAUUUCCCCCCCUUUAUUUCCCCCCCAAAACCAGGUCGGGGAAACCGAACCAGGUCGAGGAACAGCGGGAUGGCGGCGCUGCGCCUCCUUGCUGUCCCCCGAGCUUGUGGGGCUGGCCGAUGUCUGUCCGGUGUGCGGGGCGCACCGGGCGGCAGGCUGCUAUCCGCAGCGUGGGGAGCCCUGCGGGGAACUCCCGCAGGGCUCCAACAUGCUGCGGAUGUCUGCCUGGCGGGCGGGGCGCUCUGCUUCAGGGCGUUUUUUGCGCCGGGCGGCAGGCUGCUAUCCGCAGCGUGGGGAGCCCUGCGGGAACUCCUGCAGGGCUGCCUAGGCUGUGGAUGUGUUCCCGAAGCGCCGGGCGCUCUGCUUUCAGGGCGCCCGACGCUCCGGGAAGCAGGCUGCUAUCCGCAGCCUAGACAGCCCUGCGGGACCUCCCACAGGGCUGCCUAGGCUGCGGAUGUGUUCCUGAAGCCCCUGCGCUCUGCUUUCAGGGCGCCUGACGCUCCGGGAAGCAGGCUGCUAUCCGCAGCCUAGACAGCCCUGCGGGACCUCCCGCAGGGCUGCCUAGGCUGCGGAUGUGUUCCUGAAGCCUGGAGAGCGAGAGGGUCGGUGCGCACCGACCCCUCGCGCAAUCCAAGCUUCAGCGAAAGCCUGCAUUCGCCCCAUAGGACGCACACACAUUUCCCCUUCAUUUUUGGAGGGGAAAAAGUGCGUCCUAUAGGGCGAAAAAUACGGUACUUUACUCUGUUAAAUUUUUUUUUGCUGUUUUGUAUCCAGAUUGGGAAGUACAGUAGUAUGUGCUGAGACCACUCUGAAACUUAGGGUGCCUCUCAAGCUGGAGAGUUGCUUGUGAUUUUUUUAAAAAAAUUAUUCUUGUUGUAUGACUUUAAUAAAAUUUUGUAAUUUCUUUUCCCCAGCUUGAUGGUUUGGCGUAUCAAGGAAAAUUUAAUUAUACUUUAUACCCCAUCUCGUUUCCAGCUGAGAAUGCAGCUGAAUGGAAGAAACUGUUCAAGCCCUGUGCAUCUCAGAGGCUUUUCUUGCCAGUAAGUGAUGGUGGCUGUGGCAAAAUACGUAACUUUUAACUUUAUCAGAGCAGAGGGAAUGCGGAGCCAGAUUGGAGCCUGCAGCAGGAAGCAGAUUGAUCUGGUUCUGUUUGUCUUAAAUUUUAUCCACACCCAAAUCAACGAUGCCGCCGCUGCUAGGAACCCAGCGCCCGCUAGUGACCAUGGAGUCCUAGGCUGUGAUGGAAAUUCAGCUGUUCAUUUCUCUAACCCCAGUGUUUUCGACUGUAUCUUUUGUAUUCCCCCAAUCUCACCUACUUCUUGCUCUCUCGCUAGGUUAGAACACCUGGUGUUUUUCUCCAUAGGCAAGCCGGGUGUGCUUUGUAUUGCCAUAUAAGCUGGUACCCUGCCUCAAGCCUCUUCCCUGUAUCUCUGAAAUAGUAACCAACCAUAUGGUCCAGGCGUUAAGGGGGUGGGUAGCAUGUGUGGGACAUACCCACUAAUCAUUCUACUCUUUUAUACAUCUGCAUUGACACCCCAAGCUACAAAAACAUUUUAUUCUUUUCAAGCCACUUUGGGGGGACAAAGACUUUAAUUACAUAUUGCUAAUCCCUCUCGGCGAUCACAUUCCUAUUGCCAUUGCUCCGUUUUGCUUUGGCUGCUGUAAAUGCAUUCAGCUGUACAUGCUUGCAGUUCCCUCGGGACCAACUUACGCAGCCCCUCCACGGAUACCACUUUAGAAAGCCUGAAUAGGACUUCAGAAAAGUGCACUUCUCUAUUUAUGCUAGGAGCUCCUAGCAGCUUCCAAAAUUAAAAGCAUUAAAACACAAAAAGUUCUAAAAUCUCUAGCAGUAUAAAAUACCCUAAAACGUCGCCAUUUAAUUUAACAACAUAAAAAAAUAUAUCCAUGUUUUUAGCCCAUGGGUAGCACUAAAUUUUAGCCUGUGGUGAAUCACCAGCUGAACCUGCUUACAUUAUUAGACUCUUAUUUUCUAUGCUGUGCAGUCAAUUCACAGAUGUGAAAAAAUAAUUAUAGGCUGUUUGUUUGUAUUUGUUUACACAACACAUCCUUUUGAUCCCUGGCUAUCAUAGCUAGUAAAAUCUUAAUAAAAAAAAAGAGGUAAGGGUAAAUGACAACUGGAUGGUUAAGUCCAGUCAGAGGCGACUAUGGGCUGUGGCACUCAUCUCGCUUUCAGGCCGAGGGAGCCAGCGUUUGUCCACAGUCAGCUUUCUGGGUCAUGUGGCCAGCAUCACUAAACUGUUUCUGGCGCAACGGAACACCAUGCUGGAAGCCAGAGCGCAUGGAAAUGCCGUUUACCUUCCCACCACAGCAGUACCCAUUUAUUUGCACUGGCAUGCCUUUGAACUGCUAGGUUGGCAGGAGCUGGGACAGAGCAACGGGAGCUCACCCCAUUGCAGGGAUUCGAACUGCCGACUUUCCGAUCGGCAAGCCCAAGAGGCUCAGUGGUUUAGACCACAACGCCACCCAUGUCCCCCUGCCCACAUGACCCGGACAGCUGUCUGCAGACAAAAGCUGGCUCCCUCAGUCUGAAAGCGAGAGGAGUGCCGCAACCCCAUAGUCGCCUUUGACUGGACUGGGAUCCUUUACCUUUACCUAAAAUCUUAAUAGAAGGGGAUGGACUGGAUAGUUUCAGGGAGUGGUCAGUACCUCACAUGGGUACCCCAGUGACUUGAAAUAGCUGCUGGUGCAACCCAUCUUGAAGAAGCACUCCCUGGAUCCAGAGGUUUUGGAAAUUACCAUCCGGUCUCUAAUAUUCCUUUCCUGGGCAAGGUGAUGGAGAAGGUUGUGGCCAAGCCAGCUACAGCCACAACUAGAGGAAGCAGAUUAUCUAGAUUAGAACAGGGUGGUCCCUUGGCAACAUUUGAUGUCUUCACACUUGUGCUGCCUUCCCAAAUCCAGGUAAGCGAGUUGCUGGGCUUUGGGAAGGAGGUGUGAGGGCUCUAACAGGGUCCUAGAGCCCAGCACCUUGUUUAUCCAGCUUUGGGAAGGUGGUGUGAGGGCCGGGUGUCAAAUUUUGGCCUUGUCCCCCUCCCCACCUGAUAAGGCAUUGUAUAGCUGGUGGGCUCCAUGUUGAAGUACUCUUGCGUCCCAAUUGGUAGGGAAAGUUGGACCUCCCUGAUCUAGAUUAAUUUCAGUCUGUUUUUUGGCACACAAAUAGCCUUGGCUGCCGAAGUUGCAUUUGAUGACUGAAAGAUACUGUUCUUGGCAGUCCUGGGAUCUCAGUUUUUUAGAAUGUGUUUUAGAAUAUUUUAAACUUUUGAUAAUAAUAAUAAUAAUAAUAAUAAAUAUUUUAAUACUGUUUUUAGUUGUUGAUGACUUUUCAAGUUUUAUUAUUGCUCUGAGUGGGAUCAGUUCUAUUUUUCUAGAAAAAAGUAUUGCCAGAACUCACCAUUCUCUUAGAAUAGCAAUGGUGCUCAUUGAGUUCCAGGGAGUUCCAGCUGAAAAAAAAAAAGCCCUGGGUGGGAUAUAAAUUAAAAUCAAACAUGUCACUUAAUUACUGUUGUCUCUCCCAAGUGGCGUACAAGGGAUUCAACACAAUGAAAAUAAAAAUCAGUUGAAACUAUUAAAUCAGAAUUCAAUUAAAAUACCUGCUGGAAUAAAAUAGACUUCAGUAGUUCAGCAGGGAAGGGGUCCUGUCUGACCUCAGGUAGAAGGGAAUUCCUUAAAACAGGGUCUACAAUCCUGACUGCACAGCUCCUUGUGUGCAGGAGACAUGCCUCUGUGUCAUGUGACGCCACAAACAGUUGACUCCCCCAAAGACCUCAGCAAUGAGGCAGGAAUAUAAGGGAUUGGGUGGUUCUUCAGGUAUCCUGGAUGCAACUUGUCAAGGGCCUUAUAAAUUAAUACCUGACCUUGUAGUGUAUGAACAGCCAGCGCAAGCUUUUGAGCACUGGAGUUAUGUGCUAGUGCUAAUAUGUCCCCUCCAACAGUCUAGCUGCAGCAUAGAGAGAAGUUUGUCUAUUGGUGAGGAAUUGAUACUGCUAUUGAUACUGAUCUUCCUCAGCGGCUUAUUGGUCAAGAUGAGUAGUAGCAUGGUUAGGGUUUGACUUAAACCCUGUUUCUAAAAACCCCUUUCCUUCACAGUUAAUCCUCAAAGAUGUGGACUCUCUGCUCUAUGUUGACACGGACAUCUUGUUCCUAAGACCUGUUGAUGAUAUUUGGUCCUUCUUGAAAAAAUUUAAUUCCACUCAAAUUGCUGCAAUGGCACCUGAACAUGAAGAACCUCGCAUCGGGUGGUAUAACCGUUUUGCCAGGCACCCGUAUUAUGGAAAGACUGGAGUCAAUUCUGGAGUAAUGUUAAUGAAUAUGACCCGCAUAAGAAGAAAACAUUUCAAGGUACGUCUUUUGGUUCUCUCAUUUCCAGGGUCAGCUUACUCUCUCCACCGAAUGAAUGCAGUUUCACUGACCUCCCAAUUUCCCCAUACGUUGUUUUUCCUCAUCCUGCAAGGAAGAUCAUCCUGCUUAAUUUUCCCUAAUGGAAGCCUUUUGGUUUAUUCCUGGUUUUCAAGAUAGGAUCUUUCCUGCAGCUUCUUCCUUAUGGCAUUUCUUCACAUGCCUCUCAAAUAGAAUAUGGUAUCUGUCUUCUUACUGUGAAUUACUAUCCUGCUAAAGAAAUAAUGGGAACAGCCUAUUAUAGUGUAGAUGCUGAUCUAACCAGAAGGUGGCGCUGCUACACUGCUUACUACAACCUUCCCACUUCUGUAAAAACACUGCUUGCUUUAGUGCAUGUUGUUCUUAAAGCCUCUUGUUUAAUCAGUUCAUAUAACCUGCACAUAAGCCCAUGUUUAAAUUAGAAAAAUUAUAUUAACUGCUGCUGUACUGCAGCUCUUGACAUUAUUAAAAGAAUACUCAGAGACGCUGGGAUAAGUAUUAAAAUCGGUGGUGUACCUAACAGUUUUGCAGGGAUUUUUUGCUUAUGGGAAGCAAUGCACUGGUGGCAAAUGGGGCACUCUGUUCUUGUUUGACAGACACAUUUGCAGAAAAUUUAGUAUAGCCCUCCAGUCUCAUCGUUAUCACUUCACUCCGGGUUUCCCAAAUGUGUGUCUCCAGCUGCUUUUUGAACUACAACUCCCAUCAUCCCUAGCUAGUCAGGGGUGGUGGGAAUUGUAGUCCAAAAACAGCUGGAGACCCCCAAGUUUGGGAAACUCUGACUGAAAUAGUCACCCUUGAAAAUGUCAUGGGUUUUGCCUUUCCAUUGUUUCAACCAUGGAGAAUUGAUAGCCAUUGUAUUUGCUUGCUUGGUGUGCUUGAAAAGUGCUCUUAAAAUGCUUUUGUGGUCUGCUCAGAGUUGCUUUGGUGUUCACAGUGCAAACUUUAAAACUUUAAGGAUGGUGUUCAGCUAUGUUUCACUCAGAGUAGAUCCAUUGAAAUUAACGCGCCUAACUUAGUCGUGUUUGUUAAUUUUAAUGGGCCUACGCUGAGUAAAGCUUUGCAGGAGAACUGUCUUGAACAGGAAGUGCUCUUUAUGUAGCCCUAAAGGAGAACCAAAUAUCAGGGUUGAACUGGAUGUGGAACCAUUUAAAAAAGGAAAUAGCAGGCACAGGUGACCCAUUGUGGAUCAUGACCCUGGUGGAUGGGGUAAGAAGACGCCUAAUUUGCUCCCAUCGCACCCCAAUCCAGAUCGGGGCGGAACUCCCGUUCACACCAUUUGAAACUUUUCUUCCAAUGCAAACAGCAAGUGUGAGGCCCCAAUCUGUAUUGCGGGUACAAAGAGCUAAGACCUUCUUACCCCACAAGCCAAGGUCUGAUCUGGAUCAGGCCUUCUACACUAGGCAUUUACUUCUUAAAAACCCACUCAUGUAAUUGCAGGAAAGGUGCUGUACUCCAUUUAGCUUCAUUCUUCCUUCCAGGGAGAGGCUGUGUUUUCCUGCUAGGCUUAGAGUUGGCUACUUUGAAAAAGGAAACCCCCCAAAAAAAUUCCUUGAAUUUUAAACAAGACAAACACAGCUCAGCCUGUUCAGACACAUUUCAUAUGUUGCCAGAGAAGGUUUCCUGGAGGGGAGGAAAAUAUGCUUUCCAACCAUGUCCUGUCAUCUGCUCCUUUACACCUGCCUGAUUAAGGAGCACAGGGAACACCUGUGAGAACGGAAAGGAGACAUUAAUUCUGAAUAUUUUACCUAAAACUAUUUUAUUUUAUCGGAAUACAAACUGAGCACUAUUUUGUUUACACAUCAUACCCAAAGCAAAGGGCUAUGUUAGUAUCAGUGACUUACAACCACAAAUGGGAUUCGCUUUUAUUUGAAAAAUAGUCUUUACUAAAAAAAAAUUUGAAUGCCACAAAAGAGAGUACUGCAUUCUUAUUUCUUGCUAUUUCACUAUUUAUAUUCCUUACCCUUCUUGUAUUUCUGUUCAUUAGUCCUAGUAUCUUUGGGCUUCUUGCAGCAGCUGAAUGAAUUUUUUCCUUGUUUUGUAUGAUUAGCCACAGAUAUGUACUGUAGUAGCUGAGGCUUGUUGACUUUAAAAAAUAAUAAUCACAGUUUUAAAACUGAAUUUAGCUAGUCAUGGUAUAUAUGUCACAUUUAUUCAGUUACCCAUGUAUUUAGUGUUCUUAUUACCUGCCCUUGAACCAAAGGUCCUAGGGCGAUUUAUGUGAUUUUCUUCUUAUUAUUAAAAAAACCAGAACCUCAAAAUCACAGUAAAAUCAGCAGCUGCGCAUAAUAGUAGGCAUGGAGGAAACUAAAAUGCCACCUCGUCCCACACUUCCAAAAACCUGGACAAAAAGGUGCAUCUUGACCUACUGAUUAAAGCUAUAAGCCAGGGCAGGAUGCACCUUGGAGGCAAGAGCAUUCUGUUAUCUAGGGGCUACUGCUGAAAAGGCCCUUCCAUGGGCCACUGACCCUUCAACCACAAUUGGUGCUGCUGCUGAAAGCAGGGCUUUCCAAGCCUACCAAAACUAUCAAGCCAAUAUUGGUGGAGACAUUCCUUCAGAUAUUUGGGGCCAAAACCAUCUAAGAUUUUUAUACAUUAAUAAGAGCACCUUGAAUUGGACCCAGAAGCAAACUGGCAAGCAGUGUAUCUACCCUUUUAGACUGGUGUAAUGUGCAUCUGGUCCGUGGCACCUGUCAGUACAGCGGCUGCCACAUUCUGCACCGGUUGCAGCUUCUUCUGGGACAGAACAUAUAAAGUGCAUUACAAUAGUCCAUUAAGUAAAUUUUCAGGGGCACGUUGUAAAGCUGAAUCUUUUUAUUAUCAUUGUUAUCGUCAUGUAUAGUGAAAUGAAACACACAAAGGCAGGUGAGUGGUCAACCAAGCCUCAAAGUCUGCCUAAAUGUGAACGCCUUUAACUUUAACUUAAUUUCAUCCCGGAACCCAAGGCACUAUGUACAUGGUUCCCAGGCUGUCACUCAUCCAGGCACUGACCAGACCCAGAUCUGCUUAGCUUUAGCAAGGUGGCAGCCUACUUUGCCUUCAGACCAUAAGCUGAAUCCUAAAAGGGACUGGAGAGAUUGUGUAAAGUGGCUCUUAAUUAAAACAGAGUUCCAAAAGAUAGAUGUCAAAACCUAUUAUAUUCCUAUCUUGGCUCUAAUAUUGGUCAUUUGUGUUUGAUAUUGAAGAAUGAUAUGACCACAGCACGGUUACGGUGGGAAGAAAUUCUGAUGCCGUUGCUGAAAAAAUAUAAGUUGAACAUAACAUGGGGCGAUCAGGAUCUUCUGAACAUUAUGUUUUUUCAUAAUCCAGGUAAGCUGCUUCGUUUUAGAAUGCCGUUCGAAUCUUGCCUAUCCAUAUGCUACUGCUAUCACGCAAUAGAGAUGGGUAUGGUUCCCUCCUCAAAAUGUGUCUGGUUAUUUUCCCUAUGCCUUCUCAUCUCUAUCACAGAACAUCUUUAUUUGAAAUUAAUCUCCUAUGAGCUUUUUCUGUAAGAGCACUUCCAUACUAACCAAGUUUCAGUUUGUACUACAGCUGCUGUAGAAUGGCUGCUAUCAAAUUCUACCCAAGAAACUGAUUUGGUGUGGUUUUGCUUGUGUGGUUGAGAUCUCAUUUGAAUUGGAGUGGGGCUAAUAGGAAUCUCGGUCGUUUCUGGUUCACGAUAUAAGCCAGGAUUUCCCCACAGAAUUUCACUUAUUUCUAAUUUACUUUCUUUCAUGUGACUGAGUGAAAACAAGGGCUGGGAAACUAUUUGAUAAAUAGAGAGCGUUUGUUGAGCUCCAAAGAGCUUUCAACAUGGGUUAGGCUUCGGUUAAUACGGUAGUUCUUGAAACAUUGUACAGACAAGUUCAUUUUGGGGCUCCAGUGACAUGGAUGUAGUAUUCUGUGCCAUUUUUUGUUGACUUGCCCACUACCUAGAGUUGUGUUAAAAUCACAUUUCCCUUGGGGCUCCUUAAGACCUAUGUGCCCCAAGGGAAGUCAGAAGCCAAGAAAUCCAGGCCAAAGGAACACAUAACCAACACCUUCUGAAAAGGAACGUCAACAGCCUGAGGUGACUGUUGGGGCAGCCCCACUUUCCCUGGGGUUGUGUAAGAGCUGUGGACCCUAGCAUCAGCUUCUGAAGUAGGUCUGAGAGUAUUUUAUACCAGUGUAUUGAAAUUUGGUGUCUUGGCAGAAAGGUGGCAUACAAAUGAAUAGUUGGGAUAGCUUGAUCUCUAAAGUAAGAUCUUCCAUCUUUUGAAUAAGACUGAUUACGUUUAGUGAAAUUACAAUUGGCUAGUAGAAGUCAGAUUAAUAAGGGUAAAGUGACUGUAUGCAUGGCUGGCUUGUUAGUGGUUUAUACCAUAUAUUUAAUUAAAACAUUGGGAGAGAUCCAUCAUAGUAUGAGUGGGCUUCUCCUCUCUUCCACCCUCACAGGCCCCCAUAUACCCCAAUUUCUGGAGAGUUGAGGGUUGGAGGGAGGGGAGAAAAGAAACCAGAUGUUUCAUUUCACAAACAGAUUUCCCUUGUGCAAGCAGGUAGAUAUCAUUGUAUGAUUACUAUUGUCUUCUGUUGUAUAAGCCACCAAAAGUUAAAAAGGAACUUGAAACUAAUUAAUGGUUUGCCUGUAAUCACUGCAAUGUUGUUGUUUUUGCACAGAAAGCCUUUUUGUUUUUCCUUGCCAAUGGAACUAUCGGCCUGACCACUGUAUUUAUGGAAGCAACUGUCAGCAGGUCGAUCAAGAAGGAAUAUUCAUCCUCCACGGAAACAGAGGGGUUUACCAUGAUGAUAAACAGCCAGCUUUUCGAGCUGUGUACGAUGCAAUAAGAAAUGUAAGCUUUUUAAUCUCCAAUCUGUUAUAUGAAUUGACAUCUCUACUAUUGUUAACUUCUAGAAUUAAGAACAAAUGGUUGAAAUCUUACUCUGUCCUUUUUUUAUGCAUCUCCCUUUUUAACUUUCCAGUUAAUAUGAACGCAACCAGGUCCUCAAACUUCAUUUGACCAAUAAUUAUUAAAUAACCUGCAAAGUGCACAUUUUGAGAACUUUAUACUGAAGUUUCAGGAACGCUUUCUAUAAAAGAUCUUAAUAUCUAAGAGUAGCAUAAGCACAUAAAGUUAGAUCUAAGUUUUGAAAGAAAGAGAUAUUGUGGACUUCUUGAAGUUCGGAGUCUAUCGAUUUAGGUUUUGAACGUAUUGGCUUCCAGUAUCUGCAAAAGAGGAGAGAGACCCCCUCUGGUCUUAAGGGUUGCAACCUUUGGCUGCAAUCCUGAAUGGUGCUAAGCUUGAAUUUAAACUUCAGCAUGAUGAAGCACAACAUUGGGCUCUAAAACAUGGCAGCAUCUCCUUUCCCCAUAUAUGCCUGCUUGACCACUUUGAUCUAAGGAACUUGCACUGUUUCAGGUGGCUCAUAAUUCUCAUUCUGCAGUUAUAAGAAAUCAGUCUUUUAGUGUGGUGUCACCUAUGGCUUGGAAGUCUCUGUCUACUGACAUCACACACAGGCCUCUUUGCUGUACAGUCGUACCUUGGUUUUCGAACAGUUUAGUUCUCGAACGUUUUGGCUCCCGAAAGCCGCAAACCCGGAAGUGACUGUUCCGGUUUGCGAACUAUUUUUGGAAUGUCCGACGGGGCUUCUGCGGCUUCCAAUUGGCUGCAGGAUUUUCCUGCAGCCAAUCAGAAGCUGCACUUUGGUUUCCGAAUGUUUUGGAAGUCUAAUGGAGUUCCAGAAUGGAUUCUGUUCGACUUCCAAGGUACUACUGUGCUCUGUUUGGUGCCUGGUUAAAACAUUUUUGCUAAAGCAAGCCUAUCCAGACAUAUAGAUGUCAUUGUGUUUUUAUCUCUUUUACUGUUAAUUUAAAAAAAUAAUAAUUUCUAUUUGUUCUCAACUGUUCUUUAUCGAUAAUUUUAAUAUUUCUUGUAAACUGCUUAGAGGUUUUACCUCAGUCAAGUGAUAUAUAAAUGUUGUUAACUGCAUUAAAAAAUAAACAGAAGUUCAGUUUGGUAUACUGUGUCAGGGAACUGACAUCGGAGCGAGAGGCGAAGGGGAGGCUCCUAGAUGAUGCUGGCGAAGGACCCAGCAGCAGGGGGAGAAACAGCUCAGUAGAGGGGGAAGCAAAUCAGCGCACCACCAGGGAGAAAGGGGGGCAGGUGGGGAAUCGGAGAGAGGGCUCCAGGACUCUUCACUGCACCUCAGUGAGGAGGGGACAGGUCCUCCGCUACCCACGCCCUCCCUGCGCAGAAGACUCCCGCGCAGUGAGAGGAGGAGGAGACUGGGUGUCAAACAACUUUUAUGUUGGAAGAGGUUCAAGAAACGCCCACUGACGGAUUCUGCCAGCGACUGAGGCAGCCACAAUGAGAAAGGGCUGUGCAGUCAGAAAGGUUUAACAAGGCAAAUUAGCCUAGAGAGGCACCAGUUUACGCACGAGUAACUCAUACUCAUUACAUAUUGCUUUAGUAAAUGCCGGUAGCUUCCAGAAGUUCACUGACAAACCACAAUGGAGGCGUUACCAGAAGUGCCUUAGACAAUUCUUCUGUUCCCAUUUUAUUGUUGAAAUUAGUAAGCAGUGCUUCGAUACUGUAAAGCUCCAUUUUAUUCUCUCUCCAAACUCUUAUUCCUGUCUCAUAUCUGUAUAAUUUAGUUACUUUAAUUUGUGCAGUUUGUAAUAUAUAAAUGCACGUGCAAGUCUUUCAUGCUUGGCAUAACUGUUCGGCUUUCUUGUUCUGCAAAUAAGGUUUCUAAUAAACUAUUUAUCAGUAUAUCAGCAUACUCACUGAAGAGCUGUAAAACGUAGCAAUGUUGCUUAUUUUAAUGUUCAUCCUAUCUUGUAUAUAACCUUCAAAGAUCAAUAGUAUAUUUUAAUGGUGCUUUGUUGCAUGUUGUCAUAUAGGUAUAAAAAUGAAGAAAAGUACUAUUGGGGGCCUUAGAAUGCACUACACCGAAAGAAAAUGUGGUCUCAUAAAAAUACAAUUUCUUUGUUCCUUUGAGUAUUGCCAGAAAAAUAUUAAGAAAGGAAAAUCUCUCAGCUUUAUUUAUGAUCAGUUUUUGUUUAUGCAUAACACAUAGAAAAGAUGUAGAUCAAUACUGACCUGAUGCCAGCAAGAUUAGCAAAAUUAUUUUAUUUUGAAAUGUUAAGUUAGCAUAUUACUUGGUUUCUAAUGUAGUAAAAUAACCUGUAACUCUGGAUUAAUGACUGUUUUUACUUCAGGUUUCCAUUAAAUACUGUGUAUGCUUGUACAUAAUUCAGUUUAAUGAAGCUGCCCCAUCUUUAAUGGUACUAUAGAUUACUCUUUUUCUACUGUUUCAACUCAAUAAGAGCCAUAUAUUAUUUUAAAGAAUGUCAUACUGAGAUAAUUAUACACAUUUCAGGCCAAAGCUACAACGUGGCAGGCAUGUGAUCAUGUAAAUUAACCCAUUAAUUUAGGUGCCUGACAUUCAUUUUCAGAUUUGUUUGCCUGAACAGUUACGUUGAUUUUUUUUUUUUUUUUUUGAGGCUUGUUUCCUGUGCAAAAACCAUUUUGCAUUCAUUUAAGCUGACAGUAAUUGGAUGUUUUGAGUAAUCAAAAUAUAUUGCAAACUUGCCAGAGGUCUUUACGUAUUACACUGUGUUAAGAAUAUUGCCACCUUUUCGCUAGUUCUUGUCUUAAGUACGACUCGUAUUUAGGGAGACUUUUGUAAAACUGAAUAUUUAGUGCAACAAUGGAAAGCCGUUUUAGAAUUGUUUUGGCCAAAGUAGUACUGUUUGGGUUGGGUUGCUAACUGUGACUUGUUAAUACAGCAUUUAUAAUUUCCUCUCCCCCCAGUAUUCAUUUGGUGAUGACUUGGUACAUGCCUUGUUGCUACCCCUUGAACUGGAGCUACAAAAGACACAGCACACUUACUGUGGAAGAAUAUACAAAGUAUUCACAAAGCAGCUAACCAAAAGCAUAAGGGACAUUUGCGAUAGAAGAUCUAAAGGAAGGUGAUCAUCAUAGGCUCCCCAAACUUUUGAAUUAAACAACACAGAUGUGAGAGAAUAUAUGAUGCCUGAAGGAUAUUCAUGAAAGAAACAGCACAUUGCUCUAAUCAGUUGUUAUGUCGAGAAGUAUGCUGAGAACUAUCUCCCAGUGUGGACAAAAUGAAGAUGCCGUUCUUCUUGAAGAAUUCUCUGCAGGAAGAAAAGCACACUGCAGAGAACUGUUUGAAGUUCAGUUAGUACACAUUUUCACAACGGUGAAUUGUAACUAAGUCAAGUGUUGCAGAGUUUUGUAUUCAGGUUUUUCCCUCUAUAUAAUAUAAUUCAGUUUCUUUAUAACCUCAAAUGCGUCAGAUACAAAUGAAGGUCUUUAUACUGUAUAAAUGACUGUACACUUUGUCAUUCCUAAUCUCAAAUUCUGAUAAAACUGUGAACAUUGCCGUAACGGAGUCAGCACUAACCUCACUUUAAAAGCAUGAGAACCAAUUGUUUACAAAUCUCAGAAGUUAUUCCGUUUUCAGAGGAAUGUGUUAUGACUGAUGACAAUCUAUAUGUGCCUUUUGUCUUCAUCUCUUGUAUUUUACAAUAUUUUGACAAUCAUGUUUUACUUUUUUUAGAUGUAAGCUGCACCUAAUAACAGGACUUCCACUCUAGAAAUAAAUUCCUAGUGGAAGCAAAGCUAGUGUCAUAUGUAGUUAAUAAUAUAUUGGCGUAAACCAGGAUUGGGGAAUCUGUGGCUGCUGUCCAUAUGAGCGUUGGCCAUGCUAGAUGGGGCUGAUGACAACUGGGAUCCAACAACAUCUGGAAGGCAACAGGUUCCCCACUCCUGCUAUAAACAAAAGCUGGGAUCCAAAGAUCUACAUAGGCAUGCUAAAGAGCUUGGCCCAGUUAGACUUCUUUGUCCUCAACCCCUUGAACAGUGGACCUCGUUUCCAUAUCCCAAACCAGUUUUGGAAGCCUUAACAGCAUCAGACGCAGUUUGCAACAUGGCAUGAAGGCUGUGGUUUGAGAAGUCCUUUUCCAGAGUCCCUUUACAAGUCCACUACUAGUGUGAUUCUUUGGGUCCCAACUAACAUAUUAACAUGGUUGAACUAAACGCCAAAAUAAUAUGGCUAGAUUUACUAAGGCAAAAUAUGAUAUAGAUUUUAUAUAGUUUUUAUUAAAUUUGAAUAAGAUUUUUAUAUAUUCUUACUGGCCCUUCUGGAAGAAGGAAAAAAACAUGUUGUGAAAUAUACUAUAGUUUAUUAUGAAAAUAUUUUAUUCACUCAGCUCCACGUACAGUAGGCUUAGUCAUAAAAUAAUGAUGUGUGGAUGGGCUGUUACUCAUCCUGAUUUGACAGUUGUUUGCUUACCAAAUAGUUAUUGUAUAUUUUGCAACAAAGCUUUAAAACGAUUGGCCAGAAUCUGUGCUGUUACAAAUGUCUGAUUUCAUAAUAUGGCGCUUUCGUUAUAAUGUUGGUUUGGAAUUAAUAUGUUUGCUAUAGCAAUAGUAAUUAAUGACUGCAAAAUAUUUUACUUCAUAAAAUGCUAUUUUCAUUACAGUACUUAAUUAUUAUAAUAUUAUAUAUAUAGUGAGAAUGAAGUUGGUCAUAUCGGAACAUGGAAGUUAUCCCUCCUUGUCUAACUGGAUCUAGCUUUCUUGCAGGUGUGAGACACCUGGGAUCAUCCAGAUUUUACUGGAGUACAGUACCUAAAAACCCUGAUCUCUGGAGCAGAUCAGAGCUGGAGUUCAGUAACAUCUGGAGGGCGCCAGUUUCCUCAUCCCUCAUCUUCUGUUUUGGCAUAGGCUGACAUUUCAGAACUUAGCAUCCCCAGCUGCUAAAAGAGCGAACUCUAAAAAUGUAAUGCAUCCUUUACUCUCCUCACUGCAGCUCCUACUAUAUAGCACAGAGAACAUUUAGAAAAGGGCAUAUGCACUGCAUGCUAAGAUGUGAAACCUCUGCUGUUAUUGAAUGACAGGUGGGACCUGCAGCAAAAUCUUGCAGUCUAUCUGCUCUAACAGUUCUGGGUGCCAGCCAGCCAUGAUUAUUUGACUCUCCUGUUUACCAGUUUCCCUUUCAAAUUGACACAGAAUAUUCCAUGGCUACUGGGCAUGCUACGUCAUCUAUCUACUGAUUCAUCUUCUUUUUGUGGUGGGGUAGGGAUUUGACCCUUAGGUUUAAAAACAAUUUUUUUUACCUCUGCAAACCUUUGGAUUUUCCCCACCUUCCUGAGCAUGUUGAUGCCUCUUUUUGUUUCCCAGUGGCUCUGUUUCAGCUUCAAACCUGUUAGCACUCACCAGCGGAGUUCACUGUUAGAGGGAUGAUAAUUGACUGGUGAAAAUUAAUGCUACGUCUCAUUUUUAGUUGUUAAUUUUAGCUGACAAAAGCUGGUGUGCCCCAAGUUUACUUCAGUUUGCAGAUGUUAAAAAAGCAGGGGAGAAUUAUUCCAGAAAAUAAUUUGGCAAUGGGUCACCUUUCUCAUCCAUCUUUUGGAAUGCUGUUCGCAUGCUUGUCCCAGUGAAGGCUACACUAAGAGCAAAACAUACCUUCAUAUUUUGGAAACUGUCAUUUGGCUCAUUGAAAGGAAUUACCUUAUUCUUUUCGUGUCUCACAGUUCUUAACUAUAGCUCGAGUAGUAAGUGUCGUGAUGUCUUGCUAAAUUUAUUUAUGUACAUUUAUAUACUGCUCAAUUGUUCAGAUUUCUAAGUGAUGAAAAAGCUCAUUUUAAUACUGAAACAUGGGUAUAGAUAAGAAUUAAGUUCUAUGAAGUCAUGCUGUAAGUUUACUUUAAUAGUGUACAUGUUCUCUUAGAAAAUGGACAGAACUGGAGGCCAGUUGGCUCCUAUGCGAAGCAUUGUUACAAUUAUUUUUACAUAAACUGUGUUUUGUAUUACUCUGCUUCUUGUUUGUUCUUUUAGGAAGUUGCCAGUGGGUGGAAAUCUUGACACUCAAACUAUAACAUUAUGGUGUCAAAUGAGGUGGGUAUCUUGCAUUCCUCUGGGUUUAAAUGUCUAACCAGGCCUCACCCUCAUGCCAAAAUAUUCCCACUAGUUCUGUAUGUUAGACAACCACAGAUGUAAUACAUGUUGCCAUCAUUCAGUUUCUGCUACUUCCAUUAGGUCAUUUGCCCCAUGCUCUCUGUUGAGUAUGAAGCUGAUGAGAGACGCCAACCUUAACUUUCCCGGCAAGGAAAGCUGAAUCCUGACAAUUGGGAUAGCUUUCUAGUUUUAUUUUGAUGCCAAAAUGGGGGCCAGGGACAGUAUCCCGCAAAAUAGUUCCAUUAGCGCAAGGAUUUCUGUUUGGGCAAUGGAAACCCCCUUCCAAAUGGAACCCCCAUAAGCAAUUAAGGCAAGGUAAAGGUAAAGGGACCCCUGACCAUUAGGUCCAGUCGUGGCCGACUAUGGGGUUGCGGCGCUCAUCUCGCUUUAUUGGCCGAGGGUUUGUCCGCAGACAGCUUCUGGGUCAUGUGGCCAGCAUGACUAAGCCGCUUCUGGCGAACCAGAGCAGCGCACGGAAACGCCGUUUACCUUCCCGCCAGAGCGGUACCUAUUUAUCUACUUGCACUUUGACGUGCUUUUGAACUGCUAGGUUGGCUGGAGCAGGGACCGAGCAACGUCACGGGGAUUUGAACUGCGGACCUUCUGAUCAGCAAAUCCUAGGCUCUGGUUUAACCCACAGCGCCACCUGUGUCCCUAAUUAAGGCAAGGAGAGAUGCAAAAUGUGGACAGGAUGACUAGAAAGGGGUUACAAAGCACAAGCGAGCUUGAUCCUUGCCCAUUAUGGCCAAUUACAGUUAAAGAGGGGGUGGGCACUUGGGGCCCAAUGUGGAAGAAAGUAUUGUAAUGCAGAUUUUCUCAACCUGAUGUCCACUGGAGGUUUUGGGUUGGAGCUCACAUCAUCCCUGUCCGUUGGCCAUGCUGUCUGGGACAAAUGGGAGUGUAGUUAAAAACAACUGGAGGCGACCAGGUUUGGGAAGGAUGUUGUAAUUAUGGCAGCCAGUGUGUGCGUUCAUGUGUGUAUAUACACAGUUUGUCCAGGUGCUAUGUAUACUAGAUUAAUUUCUGGGUGAGAAAUAGGGAACAUCUGGUCCACAAUGAUUAAAACUUAGUUAUAGCUUGGAUCAAUAGUCUUAUCUUUUCCAUAAUUGUAGUUCAGCUUUCCUUUGCCAGCCAAGGAUUACUACCAGGUCAUUCUGCCAUUACAGUAGUGUAGGGCUGCCAUACAUCUAGAGAAUCCCAGACAUUAAUGAGAUUUCAAAGGCAGACUUGAUGUCCAGGGAGAAUUUCUGAAAUGUGGCAUUUUGUCCUGGAUCUUAGACAAGUCAGUAAAAAAAAUAAAUCACAGUUUUUGGGCAUUUUUGGGGUGUCCUGGUUUUUACUUUUUGAAAUAUGGCAACCCUACAGUAGAGAAUAAAAAGAUCAACUACUUCCACCCCCAUAUAGUGUUCAGAUAUAUAUAUAGAGAGAGAGAGAGAGAGAGUGCACUUUUAUUCAUAUUAGUGAAAUUAUAAAACCAGCAGAAAUGUGCAGUUUAUGAGGGAGACCUAUUGCAUUUUCCCUCCCUUAUGUUCUGGAAAGGUCAAUUUGUGUCUCAUUUUUCCCUUUGCUUCAUUAACAUCAUCCCCAUUCACAUAAUUACAGACUUGGAUACAAAGGAUUCAUUUUUCUUUUACGUUCAUCUCUUAUGAAUCUUAAUGUUCAGUCAGCCAUUCGUGUACACAUCUUAACAGAGCAAUUCAUGUUAAAUCCAUUUAUUUUACUCCUGUUAAUUUUUUUUUUGAGAAAAAAGAACGUGGAUGUAGAAGUUCCCCUAAAUUACAAAAACCGCGGUUGAAUUCAUAGGUCUUCAGAGCACUUUUUAAAAAAAGCUUUCAAGAAAAUGGAAGAUAUUUAAUCAGUUUUUACUCCUAAUUUGGGAAUGUAGGAAAUUAAAAAUUAAUUAAGCUGGAUGUUUUAUCUUUAUAUUGCUAUCCUACUAUGCUUCACUGAGCUGCUGUGUCUAGAGACCCAUGCUGCUUGAAUGUUGUAAUCUUGAAAAACUUUAGAACUACUGUGUAAAAGACAGCAGAGCUGGUCCCUUGUCUUCACAUUUCUUUUGCAUAUUUAAAAUAUUUCCCAUCUGAGUCCCCCCACCCCCCCUCUGCCAAGGUUAGCGGUAUGUUGAAUGAGAGCAGAUUGCGCAUAGAGCAGAAAGCAGAGCUUGGUGGUAUUCUUGCAUAAAGAGUUCAGUCAGCUUCUAGGUAUGGUAAGGAAUGUGUCAAAAUUUUAAUUAGGCAUUUCCAAGGAAGGCAAUAAUUCUGAAAUUAGAAAAUACAGUUUCUGUGGCUUUAGAAGAAUCACAUUUAUUAUUUGCAGUGCUAUUUUUCUAGGAAAAAAAGAGGGGCCGGAACUUUGUAACAGCAGAAGCAGUUUCAUGCAGAAGUUACAAUUUCAACCCCUGACACCUCCAGAUGGAAGGAUCACGUAGCAGUUGGUGCGAAAUAUCUACCCAAGUCUCUGGAGAGAUGCUGCCUUUCAGAUUGGGCG